CUUUGACGUUCCUUCAGUGGAGUUUGGACUCGAAUUGGAAUUUGCAGUUUAUUAGCUGAAUUUUGUGUUUUUCCUUUAUUUUCCUUGUAUAUUUCCAUUGAUUUGUGCAUAACAUCCACCUGCGCAAUGUCUGCUGUCACAAAAGGGAUCUUCAUCGUCGCGGCGAAGAGAACGGCUUUCGGGACAUUCGGGGGCGCUUUCAAGAACACCACAACAGCCCAACUCCAAACGGUGGCCGCAAAAGCUGCGAUCGCGGCUUCCGGACUUCAACCAGCGCAGAUCGACACCGUUAACAUUGGGAAUAUUUUAGCGGUCUCCUCAACAGACGGCAUUUAUCUGCCGCGUCACGUGCUGCUGAACUGUGGCAUUCCGCAAGAUCGGCCGGCGCUGGGCGUGAAUCGCCUGUGCGGCUCUGGCUUCCAAGCGGUGGUGAAUGGGGCGCAGGACAUCCUGGUGGGCGCCGCCAAGGUGUCGCUGACCGGCGGCGUGGAGAACAUGACGCAGACGCCGUUCGUGGCGCGCGGCGUGCGCUUCGGCGUGCCGCUGGGCACGAAUGGGGUGCUGGAGGACGCCCUGUGGGCCGGACUCACGGACACGUACUGCAAACUGCCCAUGGCGCUCACGGCGGAGAAUCUGGCGGCGCAGUACAAGAUUCCGCGCGACACCGUCGACAAAUUCGCCCUUAAGUCGCAGCACAGUUGGAAGAAAGGUCACGACGAGGGAGCUUUUGAAGCCGAAAUUGCGCCAAUCAAGAUAAAAGUCAAAGGAAAGGAAGUGGAUUUCACCGUUGACGAACAUCCAAGACCACAAACGACACUCGAAGGUCUGGCCAAAUUGCCGACGUUGUUCAAGAAGGAUGGCGUUGUGACGGCUGGAUCGGCUUCAGGCAUUUGCGAUGGCGGAGCUGCGGUCAUUGUGGCGUCUGAGGAAGCUGUUCGGGAGUACAAUCUGAAGCCAUUGGCUCGCCUUGUGGCCUUUUCGUCUGUUGGCGUGGCGCCGGAAAUCAUGGGAAUCGGUCCAGUGCCGGCGAUUCAGAAUGUUCUCAAGCUCUCCGGGCUGUCGCUCAACGAUAUCGAUCUUAUUGAGAUUAACGAGGCGUUUGGCGUGCAAACUCUUGCCUGCGCUGAAGCACUGAAGCUGGAUCAGGACAAGUUGAAUGUCAACGGCGGUGCCAUCGCUCUGGGUCAUCCUCUGGCUGCCUCCGGGGCGAGAAUCACUGGUCAUCUGGUGCACGAGUUGCGCCGGAAGAAGCUGAAGAGAGCCGUUGGCUCAGCGUGCAUCGGCGGUGGUCAGGGAAUCGCUCUUCUCCUCGAGGCUGUCUAAAAAGGAGUGCAAUUGAAAGACUGCAAAAUCACUGAAGAAGAAACCACAGAGUUUCCCACAAAACUUCCUCAAAUGAUUGAUUUUUUUUUUCUACUCCACAAAAGCUUAUGUCUUAAGUCAACAAUUUUCUAUGAACUGAAACGGUGUUUGUGUGUGAGAAAAAGAUUCCAAUGAGAUAAAAAUGCAAACAAGACAUGAGCGUGUUAUGCAAUAAAUAAUUUUUUGGGUAUAUUGA